AUGGAGCUCUCGGAGUCUGUGCAGAAAGGCUUCCAGAUGCUGGCCGAUCCCGGCUCCUUUGACUCCAACGCCUUCACGCUUCUCCUCCGGGCGGCUUUCCAGAGCCUGCUGGACGCCCAGGCGGACGAGGCCGUGCUGGAUCACCCAGACUUGAAACAUAUCGACCCAGUGGUUUUAAAACAUUGUCACACAGCAGCUGCAACUUACAUACUGGAAGCAGGAAAGCAAAGAGCAGACAAAUCAACUCUAAGCACUUAUCUAGAAGACUGUAAAUUUGAUAGAGAGCGAAUAGAACUGUUUUGCACAGAAUAUCAGAAUAAUAAGGAUUCCCUAGAAAUCCUACUGGGAAGUAUAGGCAGAUCUCUCCCUCAUAUAACUGAUGUUUCUUGGCGUUUGGAAUAUCAGAUAAAGACCAAUCAACUUCAUAAGAUGUACAGACCUGCCUAUUUGGUGACCUUAAAUGUAGAGAACACUGAUUCCCAAUCCUACCCAGAGAUUAGUUUUAGUUGCAACAUGGAACAAUUACAGGAUUUAGUGGGGAAACUUAAAGAUGCUUCGAAAAGCCUGGAAAGAGCAACCCAAUUUUAA